AUAUCAUCCAGACCGUGUUCAAUCUUUCAGACUAUGCAUAUGGAAGCUGUAGAAGUAGAGUCAAAAGGCUCCAAUGCCGGCGAUGACGAUCGCCGGACGUCCAGUAAGGUUGGCCGAAGCUCGUGGGGCUGCGCUUUCCUCCUCGUCAACACCUGCUUCCAGUACACCGCGUACUUCGGCUUGUCGACGAACCUGGUAAACUACCUCAAAGUCGAGCUGCACGCCGACAGCAAGUCCGCGGCCAACAGCGUCACCAACUGGGUGGGCACCAGUGCCAUCACGCCGCUCGCCGCCGCCUUCCUCGCUGACUCCUUCCUCGGCAGAUACUGGACCAUCACCCUCUUCCUCGUCAUCUCCGUUGCGGGGUAUGGGGUGGUGAUGGCGAGCGCGUCGGCGGCGCUGCAGAGCGCGGUGUUCUACGCGGGUCUGUACCUGGUCGCGCUGGGCGGCGCGCUGCAGCCGGUCAUGGCGUCGUUCGGCGCGGAUCAGUUCGGCGACGACGAAUCCGAGCGCGGGCGGAAGAGCUCCUUCUUCAACUGGUUCUAUUUCUCCAUCAAUGUGGGCUGCCUCAUCGGUGGCACCGUGCUGGUGUGGGUGCAGACCACACACGGGUGGCGGCUCGGGUACGGCAUCCCGGCGCUCCUCAGCGUGCUCGCUGUCGCGCUGUUCCUCGCCGGCACCCGCGAGUACCGGCGCCACCAGCCCCCCGGCGGCAGCCCGCUCACCAGGAUCGCACAGGUGGUUGUCGCCGCAGCCAGGAAGGGCGACGUGGAGGUCCCGGACGACGUUGCGCUGCUCCAUGAGUGCGACCGCGACGACGGCAUGUCCGCGAUACAGGGGAGCCGCCGCCUCCCGCACACCGACCAGUUCAGGUUCUUGGACAAGGCUGCGGUGGAGACGGCAGGCGACAAGGCGGGGCGGCAGACGAGUCCAUGGCAGCUGUGCACGGUGACGCAGGUGGAGGAGCUCAAGUGCGUGCUGCAGAUGCUCCCCGUGUGGGCGUGCGGAAUCAUCUUCGCUGCCGCCUACACACAGAUGUCCACCACCUUCAUCCUGCAAGGCGAUACGUUGGACCCACUCAUCGGCAGCUUCCGCAUCCCGGCCGCCGUGCUAUCCGUCUUCGGCACCCUCAGUGUCAUGCUCUGGGUGCCCCUCUACGACUGCGCUGUCGUCCCACUCGCGAGCCGCCUCACGGGCUACCGCCACGGGUUCACGCAGCUAGCACGGAUUGGCGUCGGCUUCGUCGUCCUCACCGUCGCCAUGCUGCUCGCCGGCGCGCUCGAGGUCGCCCGCCGCCGUGUCCUCGCGCACCAUGGCACGUACGUCGGCGCGGACGGCGCGCGGUACGUGCCUAUGUCAAUCUUCUGGCAGGUACCGCAGUAUGUGGUGGUGGGCGCGGCAGAGGUGUUCACAUUCAUCGGCCAGAUGGAGUUCUUCUACGAUCAGGCGCCGGACGCCAUGCGGAGCAUCUGCUCAGGCCUUGCCAAAGCGGCGUUCGCGCUGGGAAACUACGGCAGCUCGGCGCUCGUGGCCGUCGUGGUACACGCCACGGCGAGGGGCGGGAGUCCUGGGUGGAUCCCCGAUGAUAUCAACGAUGGCCACCUCGACUACUUCUUCUGGCUGCUGGCCUUGCUCUGUGUCGGUAACUUUGGUGCCUACCUGAUCGUAGCGCGGUGGUACAACUAUAAGAACUUGGACCAAACUACUACUUGCUCCGUCCCAUGA